AUGCUAAAAUUGGCAUUCGCUGUGAUAUGUGGGCUUCUUGCUUGGAACUCCUGUGAAGUUUUGGCAGAAACUGAAUCCUUUUGCCCUCUAAAAGACCCUCCCAACCAAUGUGGGGGAUUCUGCCUUAGUGUUUUAACCCCGGUCCUCAAUCGCUUGACCAUACCCCACGAUCAGAGGAAUCCCAGUGAUAAAGGCAAAUCCAAUGAGGUCCUAGUAAGGCAGUACACGAUGGAGAGUCAACUGGCUGCCUUGCAAGAAAAACAAACCACCUUUGAGAACUCCCUGGAUAACCAACAAAAAUAUUUGGAUAGCAACCAGCAGAACUUGACUGAGAAACUGGAAGAUUUGGAAAGCCAACUGUCAGCCCUGCAAGAAACACUAUUUAGAGUUCAAACUAAAAUUAAAUAUCUGGGAUUCGAGCAAAUCGGCUCAAAAUACUUCUAUAUUGAAAAGGUAACCGAGAAGAAUUGGUCCUCUGCCUCAAAAUCUUGUCGCAAUAUGGGAGGUCACCUGGCGGACAUAAAGGACCAAGAGGAACUAACGGCCAUUCAGGCGAAUCUCAAGAAGGACACUCAUUACUGGCUGGGAAUCAAUGACUUGGGCCGUAAGGACGAAUACUUGUCUAUGGCCACCGGAAAGCCUGCUCCUUUUCUGAAAUGGUCAUCUGGUCGUCUAACUCGAUUGGAAACUUCCAACUGCGUAUUCCUAUAUAAUGGCGAAAUGUACGACUAUCCGUGUAACUAUACUUUCCGCUUCAUUUGCCAGACGGAGGAGGAAAAUGAGUAA